AUGCUCAAAAGGAAUUCUGACCCGACAAAAACCUUGGCCGCGUUGACCAAACUUAAAGCUGAAAAAAUAUUAGAGGGACCUUAUCAAAACAUGUUUAUUGCUUUAAAUGGUUUCAAAGUGUUGAUUAACAUACUCGAAUGUAACAACGAAGAAUGUAAGGAAAAUGCUUUGAUCAUUGUACAUGAAAUGUCCCAAUAUUACGGAAUCCAAUGCUCGUUGUGUACAUUGGACGCUGUGAAACCUUUGAUUUCCAUUUUAUUGUUAAAAAACAACUACAAAGUCAAAUACUUGGCUUCGGAAACGUUACAAAACAUCGCGAAACUAAGGAGAGGCAGGAAGCUUAUACGCUUGAGUGGUGGAAUUGAGACCAUGGUGCAAAUGAUGAACUUAUCGAAACACGUAUUAUCCAUGCAAGUGAAUAGUAUGGACGAGUCAAAUUGGGACGCAGUGUGUUUGAUGAACUGCUGUUCCGGCACUCUAAGCCAGUUAUGCCGGUCUUUAAAAUGCCAAGAACAGUUGUGGGAAGCCGGGUUCGUGGAGCUGUUAUCGCAAUUGUUGAACUCGAAACAUGGCGAAACCCAAGUUUCUAUAAUGAGUUUAGUGGCGGAAUGUUGCCGUUCACGGCCAGAAGUUGUUGGACAAAAAAUAGACAUAUACUUUAGAGAAGGACUUAUGGAGCGGAACAUUUUGCAGCAGGUUAUACGGUUUUUGGUCAAUGAUUCUACCCAGCUCGCACAAAGAGCGGCCGAAACGAUACUGUGCAUGUUUGACGGUAGUCCUGCUAUAUACAACGUUCUGCUGAAACACAAGGGUAUGGCAACCCUAUUCAAAGCUGUUACAAAAUUCAAGUAA